GGCACUAUAAAGUAUAUCCUCUCUCGGAGAAAGAUAAGAAGCCCGAGACAGGAGGGGGAUGAAGAUGGCGGACGCCAAGCAGAAGAGGAAUGAGCAGUUAAAGCGAUGGCUGGGCUCGGAAACGGACUUGGAGCCUCCUAUUCUGAAAAAGAAGAAGACGAAGGUGAAGUUCGAUGAUGGCGCCGUGUUUCUGGCCGCCUGCUCAAGCGGCGAUACCGCGGAGGUGCUCCGAAUGCUUGACCGGGGCGCUGACAUCAACUACGCCAAUGUAGACGGUCUCACCGCCCUCCACCAGGCAUGCAUAGAUGACAAUGUUGACAUGGUGACUUUCCUGGUGGAGCAUGGAGCCAGCAUCAACCAGCCUGACAAUGAGGGCUGGAUCCCCCUCCACGCUGCAGCCUCCUGCGGAUACCUAGACAUAGCAGAGUAUCUCAUCAGCCAGGGCGCCAGUGUAGGAGUUGUGAACAGUGAAGGUGAGACACCUCUGGACAUUGCUGAAGAGGAGGCAAUGGAGGAACUCCUGCAGAAUGAGAUCAACAGACAAGGGGUGGACAUCGAAGCAGCCCGGAAAGAAGAGGAGCGGGUCAUGCUGAGGGACGCCCGGCAGUGGCUCAACAGCGGCCAGAUCCAAGACGUCCGGCACGCCAAGUCCGGAGGAACGUCACUCCACGUAGCUGCUGCGAAAGGAUACGUCGAGGUUUUAAAGCUUUUAAUCCAAGCAGGGUAUGAUGUAAAUAUUAAGGACUACGAUGGCUGGACUCCUCUACAUGCGGCAGCACACUGGGGCAAAGAGGAGGCAUGUAGGAUACUGGUGGAGAAUCUAUGUGACAUGGACCUCAUUAAUAAAAUGGGCCAGACAGCUUUUGAUGUAGCAGACGAAGAUGUUCUGGGAUACUUAGAAGAACUACAAAAGAAGCAAAAUCUGCUGAUGAGUGGCAAGAAAGAUGUUAAGAAAUCUCCUUUGAUUGAAACGACAACCACCGGAGAUAACAACCAAUCACUGAAACCACUCAAGAGCAAAGAAACACUGCUGCUGGAGCCAGAAAAGAGCGCCCCACGCAUCGAGACCUUAGAACCGGAGAAGGUGGAUGAAGAAGAGGAGGGGAAGAAGGACGAAUCGAGCUGCUCCAGUGAGGAAGAGGAGGACGAAGAUUCAGAGUCGGAGACUGAAGCAGACAAGAGCAAGCCUUCAGCAUCGGUGAGCAACAGCACGACGCCCACCUCGACCAGCAUCACCGUGUCACCUCCAACUAGCCCAACUAACCAGGUGACGACCCCCACUUCUCCAGUAAAGAAGGCCACUCAGCCCACUGCAAAGGUCUCAGCUAAAGUGGAGGAGGAGCGGAAAGACGAGUCUCCAGCGUCGUGGCGGCUGGGUUUGAGGAAGACGGGCAGCUACGGGGCGCUAGCAGAGAUCACAGCCACCAAGGAGGCUCAGAGGGAGAAGGACACGACCGGGGUGAUGCGCUCAGCCUCGAGCCCUCGCCUCUCCUCCUCCCUGGACAACAAAGACAAAGAGAAGGAAAAGGAUAAAGGGACACGGCUUGCCUAUGUGGCAGCCCCCAUCCCCAGGAGACUGGCCAGUACUUCAGACAUUGACGAGAAGGAAAACAGGGACUCUACUGCUCUGAUACGUAGUGGCUCAUAUACCCGGCGACGCUGGGAUGAUGACCUGAAGAACAGCGAAGGAAGCGCCUCCACCAACCGAACCCCCAGCUACCAGCGCAGCACGUCCCAUACGCUAGCACUAGGGCGGAGCGGCAGCACGCGGGACGUGCCAGCCAAGUCUUCGUCCACCUCCAGCUUGGACCCUAACACCUGUAAUACUAAACCUUGGCAGCCACCCACCUCCCACUACCAGUCUUACAGCAUUUACCGCAGCGGCUCUUUUAGCAGAAGACACGAGGACCUGAGUUCCUCGACCACCUCCUCCUCCAUGACCACCACCACCUCCUCAUCUGUUACCUCGCCUACAGGCCAUCGCGGCCUGCUCUCCAGCCUGGGCUCCUCCUCCACCCGCACUGGCUCCACCAGUCUCACCAGCAGGUACUGGUCAGAGGAGAGUGCAGAGAGGGAAAAGGAGAAGGAGAAGGAGUCUGCAGCGGUCAUCCCCACUAUAAACACUGGCUCUACUACGACCACCACAUCUACCACUACCACCACCGCCAUAUCGACCACUACCACCACCACUGGCACUGUCACUGGCUCUGAAAGGCGCAGGUCAUACCUGACGCCAGUGCGAGACGAGGAGUCGGAGUCCCAGAGGAAAGCUCGCUCUAGACAGGCUCGACAGUCAAGGAGGUCCACCCAGGGCGUGACUCUGACUGACCUGCAAGAGGCUGAGAAAACAAUCGGCAGGAGUCGCCCCACAAAGACCCGGGAGGAGGAGAAGGAGGAGAAAGAGAAGCAGGAUAAGGAGAAGCAGGAGGAGAAGAAGGAGAUGGAGACUAAGGAAGAUGAUUACCGAUCAAAGUACCGCAGCUUUGAAGAGCGCUACCGGCCUUCUUCUUCUUCCUCCGCCUCCACCAUUUCCACAGCCAGCACUGCCUCCAUCCCAUCCUACUCUAGCACCACUUUGUCAUCCAGUUCCAGCUCCCUCAACAGGCCUAACAGUCUGACGGGGAUCACCUCCUCCUAUAGCCGUUCCUCCAGAGAUACGGAAAAAGAAAUGGAGAGAAAGGAGGAGGAGAAGGAAGGAGAGGACAAGUCUCAGCCCCGCUCCAUACGGGAUCGCAGGCGGCCCCGCGAGAAGAGACGCUCCACUGGGGUCUCCUUCUGGACCCAGGAUGGUGAUGAAAAUGACCCUGACCAGCAGUCCGACUCAGAGGAGGGCAGCACCAAGGGAGAGCCCCAGAGUGACAGAUUGUCCAGGAAUGAGAUCACUUCAUCCUUAGAUCGCAAUGACACUUUUUCUAGCCGUGGCUACGGUGAGAGUCGGAGGACAUACUCAAGCCGACUGGAUAGAGACGACACCACUGACUAUAAAAAGCUCUACGAGCAAAUCUUAGCUGAGAACGAGAAGUUGAAGGCCCAGUUACGUGACACAGACCUGGAGCUGGCAGACUUGAAGCUACAACUAGAGAAGGCCACACAGCGGCAGGAACGUUAUGCCGACCGAUCACAGCUUGAGAUGGAGAAAAGGGUAACAAGCAGGCCCCAAUAUCAUCUGGGUGGUGGAAAGAAGAGCUCUAGAAAGGAAGAUUUCUGAGAUGGAGGAGGAACUUAAGAUGCUCCCAGACUUGAAAGCAGACAACCAGAGACUAAAGGACGAGAACGGAGCACUCAUUCGAGUCAUUAGCAAGCUUUCCAAGUAGAACAGACCCCCCCGCCCGCCCCGUCUUCUGCACCCCCUAGUCCCCCAUGGCAGUGACUAAUGGAAUUGCACAUUUAGAUAUUAAUUGCAACAGACAUCAGAGACAAGACUCCUUUUUUUUUCUUUUUCUCUCCCUUUUGCUCCACCACCACCACCACCGCUACAGCAUCCAUCCAUCCAUCCACCCCCUGCGCCACCUCCUCGACUAUAAUCCACUUGAUUGUGUGGCCGCUGUCCCGAUAGAGUUUACAGAGCAACAGGAAAAAGGGUUGCGUGAUCAGCAUGUUAAUGGGCGGGGAAGCCUGAAAACUAUUUAACCAAUAAGCCUUAGUUGUACAUAAAGAGAAACAGAAAAAAAAAACACUUGCAUCGAUCUCUUCUCUCUCUCUCUCGGCUCUCGCU